AUGCCUCUAACUUUUAAGUGUUGCAAAAAAUCUCAAAACAAUUGGGUUUGCAUUAAGUGUACGAACAUUUUUCACAAAAGCUGUCGUUCUAGAGGAGUCAGAGGAGUUGAAAUUGUUAAAGAUAAUUUCAUAAUUUGCUCUAAAGAAUGCUCCGAUCUGGCAGAUGAGGUUGAUCCUGUUAUGCCAAUUCUCCGACAAACAAUUGAACAACUCAAUGUUGAGAUUGAUGAUCAAAAUAAACACAUAGAAAAGAUGAAAAUGGAGAAGAAUGCUCUAGUUACUGAGUUCGAAUCUAUUGAAAGCCAGCUCGUACAAGAAAUUGAUAGCCUUAAAAGAAAGGUCAAUGACAAUCGUAAACCAGUUGCUGAUGCUAUGGUUACUUACUCUGUUGCGCAGACCCAGACGGAACGUAUUGAACAGAUUUUAUUAUUAAUUUUGGGCGAUCAAAAUGGCUAUGGUUUGGGUUCAUUAAUUCAAAGCUCUAAUGAAGAACUGACUGUCCAAUCAAUUAUAAAGCCCAAUGCAAUGUUUGCGGAUGUUAUUGAAGAUAUGGCUAAUUUAUCAAAAUAUUUCACUCUUGAAGACUUUGUACUGGUUUUAGCUGGUUAUAAUGACCUAAAGAAUAAAAAAUAUUCGUCAUUUAAGUCAAUAAAUAGCAUAUUUAAAAAAUUGGGUCAUACUAACCUUAUAGUUUUAUCUGUACCUUAUAAGAAUAAUUGUGAUUUCACUGUGAAUAGAGCUAUUUUUAGGUUUAAUUAUAAGUUGUGUCUGUAUAUGAAUAGACUGAACCAAUUUGUGGAGGGAACAGGGGCUUCAACGAGAAAUAAUAUCUUAGAAGCAGCUAAGAACCGAAAUGAUACUGAAAUGAUUUCACUACUUGCUAACUAUUUGGAUCUUUUUGCUUAUAACUGUAAAUAUCAUAAAACUUGUUAUAGCCAAUACGUAUCGGAGAGAAACAUAAAGAGCAAAAUUCGAAAUAAUACAGACAAUGCAAAAUGUUCGGGGAAAGCACGUAUACAAACGGAGAAUUACAUCAAGGAACAUGUCAUCGCGAAACAUGAAACUCUUACAUUGGCUGGAGUCUGUAAGUUAUACAAUAAUAUUGCUGAAACUGUCAAGGAAAUUUCAGUCCAAUCUCACAGGCUGAAGAAAAUGUUGCAAGAGAAGUUUCCGAGGGAAAUAGAAUUUAUAUCUCGACCUGGUAAAUGCGAUAUAAUUUGCGCAUCUGAUAUGGAUAGGUCUGAAUAUUUUAACUCUGAUGAUGCCAAAUCAAAUCUACUAGUUCAGAAGAGGAAUAUUUUCAGAGUACGCCUCUUUCACACAAACAGCGACGUAAGAAACAUGACGACUGCAUUAGCAAAAGAUGGUUUAAAUACUGACCGUGAUUGUUACAAACCAUAUGAACUUGAAAUGGUAAAAGAUGAUGAACUGAAUAACAUACAUGCAAGCAUCGACAAUUUUGAUUUGAAUGAGGAUACAAUAGAUGGAAAAAAUACAACUCAUUCUAUGGCUUUGUGGUUUUUCAAGAAAAACGUGAUAUUUCAAAACCAACCGAUGAAGUUCCAAAAUGCACCGAAUAUUCAUUGA